GGACGAUACAUUAAGUUUACAUGGUUGCGUUGCGGAUAAAUUCACCCGUCCAGACUAGAUGAAGGUCAUCCAAAAGUCGCACUAAAAUGGCAACUAUUCGAGAGUCUUCGGUACGGACUGGUUGAGAAUGAAAUCUACUGGUUUUACAGCCAAACAAGUUUGUGAUUCGCUAGUGGUGGUUAUUGGAGGUGCUGUAGUCUCUGGUGCUAUAUUCUUGUUAUAUCGACGAGAAAACAAGAAAGUAUAUUGCCAAAACGCCUCGGAUUUGCCAGUUGGGCUUCCAAAUCCUAGAAAUGUAUGCUAUUUCAAUGCAUUGAUGCAAGCAAUGGCAGCGAAUCCAAGUCUUGUUCGUCUCCUAAAACGCAGUGUCCACAUUAGGCCGGACAAAUUCAUGUAUAGAUUAUUGUGUUUAUUGAAGGGUCUGCAAUGUUCUUCUCAGUAUAUUGCAGAGAAUAACUUGGGUGGUUUACUAAAGAAGAAUCAUGAAGCGUUAAUUAAUGACAUAGUGAAUACACAAAAUUGGGCUAUUCAUGAACAGCAGGAUGCUCAUGAAUUAUUUGGUUUUAUCAUGGAACGUGCUUGUAGUCAAGAUAAUGGUUUUUCCAGCAAAACAUAUGCUAGAAAAAUAAGUAAUCUGUUCAAUUUUAAUCUUCCUCACCACAGACGAAUAGUUGUCUGUCGAUCUCAUUGUUCUGCUAUUGAAAGUGUAAAGUUUCGUGCAAUUUUAUGCGAUGCAUUUCCUACUCAUGUGUUUGAACAAAUUCUGGUGAGUAGCCGAGUAACAUGUAAUUAUUGCAACUAUCAUAGUAAAGUGGUCAUUCAACCGGAAGCUUGUUUAACCAUAUUUUUAAGUAAGUUAAUUUUCACUUGUAAACACAGUAUCAGUGGUUAUGGCAUUAGAUUUUCAGCCUGCAACUCUCUAAUUCGAACCAUGCUCCAUCUGUUUCUGUUUGGAAAGCCGGAUAGUAUCAUAUAGAGUGUAGUUCAUACCAAAAUACCUGAUGGCUCAGUUACUUAAGAAAAUCAAAAUUCACUACUUUGAUAUGAUCACUAGUUAACUUUAUUUUAUAUAAAUAUAUAUAUGAAUUAGAGAUUCUCUCUACUCUUCUUAUUUGAGGUGUCAAUGUUUCUUGAAACUAAUGAUUUCUGUCUAUGUAAACAAGUGCAUAAUCACUGUCAAUCUAUACUCUGUAUUUGUGUGAGAAAUUUACUAACUAUAUAAGUGAUGCGACUAGGAUUAACACCAAUAAUAAGGCUUUUUAAAAUAGAGCAUGUAAAUAUGAUUAUUUUGAAUUCAAUUACAAAUGGAAUAUGAUCACUAGCAUAUAGAUGUAACCCAAACCAUAUGUUCCAUAUGUUCUUCAACUGUAGGAAUGCUGCCCUUACUUUGCCAACCCUCGACUUUACGUCUGCAUCUGAUCCUCCUUGUUCAUCGGUGAUGCUUCCCAGGUAUGUGGAGGAUUCUACAUCUUUCAGAGUUUCGCCAUCAAGAGUGAUUGGAUUGCUGUUCUCCGCUUUGAAUUUGAGGACCUUGGCUUUCCCCUUGUGUAUGCUGAGGCCUACUGAUGCAGAGACUGCUGCUACACCGGCUGUCUUUAUCUGCAUUUGUUCAUGUGUAUGCGAUAGGAGGGCCAGGUCAUCUGCGAAGUCCAAAUCGCUUAAUUGAUUCGGAGCUGUCCAUUGUAUUCCGCGUUUUCCCUCAGAUGUCGAGGCCUUCAAAAUCCAGUCGACCACCGGAAGAAAGAGGAAGGGAGAGAGUAGACAGCCUUGUCUGACUCCGGUCCUUACUUGGAAUGCAUCUGUCAGAUGUCCUCCAUGCACGACCUUGCACUGUAGUCCGUCAUAUGAGUUCCGGAUAAUAUUGACAAUCUUCUCCAUUGCACAAGCAAGUGACUAUCAGGACUCAGUAGCUAAGUGGAUAACGCGUUGGCGUUUGAAGCGAACGGUACUGAGUUCGACUCCCAGAGUGAACAUCAAUUCUGAGAUGCAGGUACAUCCAGCUGACGAGUCCCAAACAGGACGAAACGCGCAUCCUAGAUUCCACUGCUAACCACUAUCCAUCUUUGCUUAUAAAAGCCUGUGAAUUAAGGCGAUAUCGAGGCAUACGCACAGUGUGCACAUAUGCCAAUAAGACUGAUCAAUUUCAGUCCUAAAACAUCAAUGGGGAGAUUCAAGCAAAACAAUACCAAGAGUUUAGAUAGUUUGACUAAUUUUUUCUGGUAAGCGUUUUUUUAGCGAGUUAGUUUUCUACGGGAUGGGGACGGUAACCCUAUGCCCAACCCUCCUCCUUUACCGGGGCUUGGGACCGGCAGUAACUCUGGAAGAGCUACAGGCGGAGUUAUACGUACCGUUAAUUUUCGUGCGAUCUUCAUGUUGCAAAUCGAACGUUGUACUUAUGGCUUCAAACUUCAAUGCAUUAUUCACUGCACUACCGAGUUCAACUGACUGUUAACUUGUUUAAGAGGUAUAUUGUAUAAACAUUAUUGGUCAGGGUUUGAAUUAUCACGUUGAUACUUAUAUAUUCAAACAAAAACUGGUUGAAGUUUUAUUCUGAAUAUCAACAAUCGGAUAACUUGAACGUUUUUGUAUUAGUUUGAGUCACAUGAGUCUUUCUGGAUGUGAAUAUAGUUUUCGUCAUAUUUCAGUUUUGCACUCCAACUUUCCUAUGGACAAAUAGCAAGUACACUGUCAUUGUGUAUUUUGUGCUUCAUGUCUUAGAUGAGUUCAGUAUCAUUAAAAUUAAUUUUGCAAUUCAUGUUUUUUUCGUAUAAAAACCAUUCAUCAAUAUGUGCAUUUAUCACUUUUGACGUUGUCAAUUAGUCGAUGUGAGAAAUUCGCCAUUCCUUCAUUCAGGGACAGUGUUUAUGAUUGAUAUUAUCAUCCAACCAUUACUAUUAAUAUUUACGUAACAUAGGAUUAUUUAAUCCUCUUUUAAUAAGAUUUUAUAAUUACUGAUUAACUGAAAAAUGUUCAGUUUCUUAUUGUUAUUCAUAUUAAUGAUUGUGUUUGUAUUUUAUUCAUACUUAGAAAUACUUGUUCUCUUUACCAUGAUGAUUACUUUUGUUUAAGAGAUCGUGAAUAAUAAUACUAAGUGUUUUAAACCGCGUACUACCUUAUACUAACUUUCCAGAUUUUAUUCUCUUUCUUUUUACGCGGAUGUUUGUUUUUACUAUUGUCCUUUUGGAUUUAAGGUAAGCGCUUUCAUUUCGUUCACUAAAAAUGUUCGAGAAAAGUGUUUGUCGGUUUACUCUGACUUAUCGUCAUAAGAAAACUAGUCUAUUGUGGGUACAAUUGGGUUAUUAAUUUUGCUGUAUGUAAAAACUCAUCUGUUUAGCUUGCGAUUCAUCGCACAAAUCAGACGGAUAAUGAGGGACCUAAUGAUCUUUUUUGCAAUCGUCUCGGUGCUUUAUCAAGUCAUUUAUAUCCAGUUUUCUAUUGUCCUUGAUUUUACAGUUCUUAACUCGGUUAUACACAAUAUGCUGGGUUCAGCAAAUUGUUUCAGCUUGGAAUAUUACUAAAUACAAGGAUUUUAUGAGUUUACUCCGAUAUAUCUCGAUAGUGAUGCAUUGCCUCAUCUGUCUCAAUAUAGUCUUUCUAAUUGGUUUUUAUUACAAGUUUCUACAAACUUCCCAUAUAUAUAAUAAUACUAAGUACUUUAAACCGCGUACUACGUUAUACCAAUUUUCCAGAUUUUCUGUAUAUAUAUAUAUAUAUAUAUCAUCCGAGUUUAGUUUUAUUCUUUGUUUUCAUUAUUUAUCAGGGAGUCCCAGCAUUGUAAAGACAAAUGUGAAAGGAUUACAACAGUCAUAUGUCAAAACGUCUACAGAAGUGAUAGAUCUUAUUGAAUGUCUUGAUGCUCAGUUGGCAACUGUCGAACCUAUACCUGAUAUGAAGUGCCCUAGAUGUCAGAAAUCUUCGACAUCAAAAUCCUGUUCAUUAAAUUAUUGUCAACGCGAACAAUGGAUAACACACACUCCUAAAUACCUAGUUUUGUAUAUACAAAGAAGUGAUUGGUUAAACAUAGCUAGCUUAUCCACUGAAUCGAAUAAUAUUCGUCAGUUUGGUGGAAAUCAUUUUUCAACUACCAGGAUUGCUACAAAGCGUUCUGAACAUGUACAUAUUCCGGAGUCUUUAAAUAUGGCGCCUUAUUUGUUACCGUGUAGGAUUUUAAAGACUGAGGCUUUAUCUCAGCCUGUAAAUCCAUAUCAUGACAAACCCUCUGGAGGUUUACUUUCCAAUACUUCAGAAUUAUUAGGAAGGGAUCGUCCAAAACCAUACAUACUCCGUUCAGUUAUUGUUCAUGAAGGCGCAUUUCAUCAGUGUGGACAUUAUAUAACGUAUCGUAAAUGGCACACACCUGUAUUGCAUGUGCAACAAAAGUCGUGUUGGUUAGUUAAUAUUUUGUCAAGUUUGUACGAAUAUGUUUCAAACUAUUUUAAAGGAAUAUCAAACACACCUGAUGCCCAUAAUUCGCCAUGGAUACUGACUUCCGAUGCUCAUGUGAUACGUGUACCGUUCAAACACGUGGAAUCAAGUCCUGCUUAUUUGUUAUUUUACGAACGUUUACGUGGAUAUGAUGAUCAGCAAUUCGGAAUAAAAUCAGCGAUUAUUGCAAACGGCACCAACCAUCGUACACAGCAUAGCACUCCUGCGCUAUCACCAAUUGAAGAUACUGAUACGAGUCACUCGGAGAUAUACAGCGAAGAUGAGAGCGACUCAGAUGCUUCGAUUGACGAACAGUGUGUUUUUAGAAACUCGUCAAUAGCAGACAUCAUUAGAUCUUAUGCAUUAUAUACGUCAGCAUCUCAGAUGUAUGAUAAAUCAUGUGAUGUGUUCUACUUCCAUAGUAUUUUCUUUUCUACUUAUUUUACGGUUAAGUGGCGUAGUUUUUGA